AUGGACAACAAGAAUAUACUGCUCCUGAUAGCAGAUGAUUUAGGGAAGCAAUUGAGCUGCUACGGCUCAACGACAAUCCACACGCCAAACAUUGAUAAACUCGCAUCAGAAGGCACGAUAUUCGACUUCGCCUUCGCGAGCACAGCAUCCUGCAGCGGUCAGCAUACACAUCAGAAUGGACAAUAUGGACUCGCGAGUCACCGGCAUCACUUUGUGACGUUUGACCAUGUUGAAACUGCACCCCAGCUGCUCAAUAAGAUUGGAUAUCGUACAGGAAUUCUGGGCAAGAUACAUGUCGGACCUCCAGCUGUAUACCCGUGGGAAGAAAGACAAGAAAGCGAUACACGCGACGUUGCGGUUAUUGCCGACCAAGCGCGAAUAUUCUUCCAACAAUCUCAGAAUGAGGCUCGCCCGUUCUUUCUUACCGUGGGAUACCAUGACCCUCAUAGAGAUCGUACCCGGGGAGGCUUCGGAAAUGAUCAAGAAUACGACAGUCGUGUCCAACGAGGUACCUACACGCCGCAAGAGGUAGAAGUGCCUCCAUUCAUCAACAAUACUCCUGGCACGCGGUUUGAGUUUAGCGAAUAUUACAAUUCAAUUCAUCGAUUAGACCAAGGUGUCGGAUUUAUUCUUGAGGCACUUGUUGACUCAGGAUUUGCGGACUCGACGCUGGUGAUCUUCCUAAGCGAUAAUGGACCACCGUUUCUGAAUUCCAAAACAACUUUAUACGACGCAGGAGUCAGGUUGCCUUUGAUAAUCCGUCAUCCCCACAUAGGGAGAGCUGUCAGUCCCAAUAUGAUUUCAUACGUCGACAUACUUCCAACUAUACUGGACUAUGCAGGCCAUAAAGCGGUGAUUGACGGGUCAAAGAAGCGUUUGGGCCGCUCACUUAUACCCAUACUUGGUAACAGCUCGGUUCUUCCGGGCUAUGAUCAAGUUUUUGGCUCACAUACAUUCCAUGAGGUGACCAACUAUUGGCCAACCAGAUUCAGUAGAAAUAGACGCUACAAGUAUCACAGAAACCUGGCGUGGCGUCUUGACUUUCCGUUCGCAGCUGAUCUUUAUGGGUCGUUAUCUUGGGAGGAUAUUCGCAAUAUGGACUCAUCCAAAGGAGACAUUCUGAUCGGUGGGCGGAAAUUGAGGGAUUACUUCUUCCGUUCCCCGGAAGAGUUGUAUGACUUGGAUAAUGAUCCCGACGAGCUACAAAAUUUGGUUAAGGAUCCCAAGCAUUCCUCCGUGCUGGAGAACCUACGUGGGAAAUUGGAAGAAUGGCAGCGCCGAACAGAGGAUCCUUGGCUUUACCGUGACGGUGUCUCUGUCUGGUUUGUUCGAUACCAUCUGCCGGCGGGCCUGAAGAUACCCGAUCGAUUGGACUUUGACCCGGAUGAGCCUGGCAAUGAGGGUAAAAGAACAUUUCCAACAAACACGACUUGGGGUGCAGACGUGUAG